AUGAUGUUCUGACACUGAAUACAGAGAACAGUAAUUUUCCCUGCCAAGUACCUAACUUCCGUAAGUGUGAGAUCUGUUUGCUGUCUUUUCCGAAAGAGUCCCACUUCCAGCGCCAUAUGAGGGAUCAUGAGCAAAAUGACAAGCCUCACCGAUGUGACCAGUGUCCGAUGUCAUUUAAUGUUGAAUUCAACUUGACACUUCAUAAAUGUACUCACAAUGGUGAAGAUCCUACGUGUCCUGUGUGCAACAAGAAAUUCUCCAGGGUAGCCAGCCUGAAAGCUCAUAUAAUGUUGCAUGAGAAGGAAGAGAAUCUUAUCUGUUCAGAGUGUGGAGAUGAAUUUACUUUACAGAGUCAGCUGUCCAUACACAUGGAAGAACAUCGUCAAGAAUUGGCAGGCAGUAGGAUCCACAGCUGCAAAUCUUGCAAAAAGGAAUUUGAAACUUCCUCACAGCUAAAGGAGCAUAUGAAAACUCACUAUAAAAUAAGGGUAUCAAAUACCAGAUCUUACAACAGAAACAUUGACAGAAGUGGCUUUACUUAUUCCUGUCCUCACUGUGGAAAGACGUUCCAGAAACCGAGUCAGUUAACACGACAUGUUAGAAUACACACAGGUGAAAGACCUUUUAAAUGCAGCGAAUGUGGCAAAGCCUUUAACCAGAAGGGGGCGUUGCAGACCCACAUGAUCAAGCACACUGGUGAAAAACCCCACGCUUGUGCCUUUUGUCCUGCAGCCUUUUCUCAGAAAGGCAAUCUUCAGUCACACAUACAGAGAGUUCAUUCAGAGGUGAAGAAUGGCCCUACGUACAACUGUACAGAAUGUAGCUGUGUCUUCAAGAGUUUGGGUAGCUUAAAUACACAUAUCAGCAAGAUGCACAUGGGUGGUCCACAGAAUUCUGCGAGCGCUUCAACAGAUGUAUCUCAUGUUACGGCGGACUCUGUGACCCAACCUUUAACAACAUCUGCUGCUAAUCUUUUGCAACCUGUUGAUAACAAAUGGAAGAAUGCCACACAUUUUCGGUCUCCACUUCUUCAACAGACAGAAAACCAGGUGUCUUCAGCUACUGCUCAUCAGGGUCAGCAGGCUGUAACUGAUGUCAUCCAGCAGCUCCUUGAGUUAUCAGAACCAGGUCCUGUAGAAAAUAACCAACCUCAACAACCUGGUCAACAACUCAACAUUGCAGUGGGAAUAAAUAGAGACAUUUUGCAGCAAGCUUUAGAGAACAGUGGAUUGUCUUCGAUUCCCGUCUCUGGCCAUUCUACUGACUGCAGCCAGGCUAAGACCCCUGGGGCUCAGGAUCAGAAUCCAGACGUCCAGACUCUCUCAAAUCAUCAAGUUGACUCUAAUAAUGCAGAGCAAGAUAAGGAGCAAGAGAGUACAGAUAAACUGGAUAAAAAAGAAAAAAAGGUUAUUAAGAAAAAAUCACCAUUUUUGCCCGGUUCUAUACGUGAAGAAAAUGGGAUAAGGUGGCAUGUUUGUCCAUAUUGCUCCAAAGAAUUUAAAAAACCAAGUGAUCUAGUGCGCCACAUUCGCAUUCAUACCCAUGAGAAGCCGUUCAAGUGUCCCCAGUGUUUCCGCGCCUUUGCCGUUAAGAGUACUCUCACGGCACACAUAAAAACACAUACUGGCAUUAAAGCUUUCAAGUGCCAAUUUUGUAUGAAAUGCUUUUCCACCUCAGGGAGUUUAAAAGUUCACAUUCGUCUACAUACAG